UCGACGCUGCCGAGUCUGACGGACAGACCGGACAACGGACAUGAAUCCCGAGCUGCUGCAAGUGGCGCGUUCGCGGCGGCGGCGGUUUCUGUAAGGGACGCGGUAAAUAACGGCCUCGGCCCGACGUCGGCAUACUGCGCUGCUCCGCUUGUCACCCCGCCUGAAGAUGUGGAUUAGUCCCGAGGAGGUCUUGCUGGCUAACGCUCUGUGGGUGAGCGAGCGGGCCAACCCGUUCUUCAUCCUGCAGCGGAGGAAGGGCCACGGGAAAGGCGGCGGCAUCACCGGUUUGUUGGUGGGAACCCUGGAUGUUGUCCUGGAUUCCAGUGCCAGAGUGGCUCCUUACAGAAUCCUUCUGCAGACUGGAGACUCCCAGGUCUACUGGAGCAUUGCAUGUGGUUCCUCACGAAAGGAGAUCACAGCUCACUGGGAGUGGUUGGAGGCCAACCUCCUCCAGACCCUCUCAAUAUUUGAAAAUGACGAGGACAUCACUACCUUUGUCAAGGGCAAAAUUUCAGGUAUCAUUGCAGAGGAGAACAGGAGCAAGCAGCAGCAGGAAGACGAGGACUGCAGUAAGUUCCGGGAGGCCGAGCUUAAGAUGAGGAAGCUGUUUGGGAUGCCAGACGAGGAGAAACUUGUCAACUACUAUUCCUGCAGCUACUGGAAGGGUCGUGUCCCACGCCAGGGUUGGCUAUACCUCAGUGUCAAUCACCUGUGCUUCUACUCCUUCUUGCUGGGGAAAGAAGUCACUCUGGUGAUUCAGUGGACGGACGUGACUCAGCUCGAGAAGAACGCCACGCUGCUCUUCCCGGAGAGCGUGUGUGUGAACACGCGCAACACGGAGCACUAUUUCUCCAUGUUCCUCAACAUCAACGACACCUUCAAGCUGAUGGAGCAGCUUGCCAACAUCGCCAUGAGGCAGCUGCUGGACAACGAGGGCUUCGCUGCCGACCGCUCCCUUCCCAAACCCUGCAAGAUGCUCAAAAAUGUCUCUGCACUCAAGAGGGAUUUGGACGCGCGGGCCAAGAACGAGCGCUACCGAGCGCUGUUCCGCCUCACGCAGGAUGAACGUCUGGACGGACACACAGACUGCACGCUGUGGACGCCCUUCACCAAGAUGCACAUUGUAGGACAGCUGUUUGUCUCCAAUAACUACAUCUGUUUCGCCAGCAGAGAAGAAGACCUCUGUCAUCUCAUCAUUCCACUCAGAGAGGUGUCUAUUGUGGAGAAGGCAGACAGCAGCAGCGUGCUGCCCUGCCCAGUGUCCAUCAGCACAAAGAACAAGAUGACUUUCCUGUUUGCCAACCUCAAGGACAGAGACUUCCUGGUGCAGCGCAUCUCUGACUUCCUGCAGCGCACCCCCGACAGCAUGUGGAGCGAUUUUAAUCACCUGUCUCAAACUGGCCAAUCUGCCUCUGGUCUCAGCUCCUCCCUCCCCUCCCACCUCCCAUCGUCCUCCUCAGGAGCUCCUGAUGACUCCUGUCAGGGGGAACGUUACUACCACUCUGGCCUGCCCACAGCCACCCAGGGGCUCCUACAGAUCUACCAGAGGGAUGCCCCAGAGGACCUGGGACCCAAGGCUGCGAAAGAGAAGAUGAAAGAGGAGUCGUGGAACAUCCACUUCUUUGAAUUUGGUCGGGGUGUGUGCAUGUACCGCACUUCUAAAACCAGAGAGCUUGUGCUGAACGGUAUCCCAGAGAGUUUGAAGGGGGAGCUCUGGCUGCUCUUCUCAGGGGCCCAAAACGAGAUGGCAACCCAUCCGGGUUAUUACGCCGACCUGGUGGAGCAGGCCAUGGGCCGCUGCUCUCUGGCCACGGAGGAGAUCGAGAGAGACCUCCACCGCUCCAUGCCCGAGCAUCGAGCCUUCCAGAAUGAGAUGGGCAUCGCCGCACUGCGCCGUGUCCUCACUGCCUACGCCCACCGAAACCCCGGCAUUGGAUACUGCCAGGCAAUGAACAUAGUGACAUCAGUGCUCUUGCUCUACUGUAAUGAGGAAGAGGCUUUCUGGCUGCUGGUGGCGCUGUGUGAGAGGAUGCUACCAGACUACUACAACACCAGGGUCGUAGGGGCGCUGGUGGACCAGGGAGUGUUUGAGGAGCUGACCAGGGCAUGUCUGCCCCUGCUCUAUGAACACAUGCAGGAGCUGGGUGUCAUCUCAACUAUCUCCCUCUCCUGGUUCCUCACCCUCUUUCUGUCGGUCAUGCCCUUCGACAGUGCCGUCCUGCUGGUCGACUGUUUCUUCUAUGAGGGAAUCAAGGUCAUCUUUCAGGUGGCGUUGACUGUGCUUCAUGAUAACAUGGACGUUCUGCUGAAUUGCAGCGAUGAGGGAGAAGCCAUGACUAUACUGGGCAGAUAUCUGGAUAAUGUUGUGAACAAGCAGACCGUCUCUGAACCCAUACCCCACCUCCAUGCCCUGCUGACCAGUGGUGAUGAGCCGCCUCCUGAGAUUGACGUGUUUGAGCUCAUCAAAUCCUCCUAUGAGAAAUUUGGCAGCCUGCGCUCUGACGUCAUUGAGCAGAUGAGGUUCAAACAAAGGUUAAAGGUCAUCCAGUCUCUUGAAGACACGGCCAAGAGGAGCGUGGUCAGAGCCAUGAUGACCGAGUCUGCCUUCACCAUCGAGGAACUUGAGGAGCUCUACUGCCUCUUUAAGGCCAAACACAUCAUGAGCUGCUACUGGGGGGCCAGCAGCACUGCUGCAGAGCGUCACGACCCCAGUCUGCCCUACCUGGAGCAGUACCGCAUCGACCUGGGCCAGUUCUCUCAGCUCUUCAGGUCCCUGGGCCCCUGGGUGUGUGGCAUCCACACCAUCACCUUAGCAGCCCGCCUCUUCCGUCUCUUAGACACCAACAAAGAUGGCCUCAUCAACUUUAAGGAGUUUAUCACCGGGCUGAGUGGGAUGUAUCACGGUGACAUGACGGAGAAACUCAAAAUGUUGUACAAGCUCCACCUGCCGCCAGCGUUGUCUCCAGAGGAGGCCGAGUCGGCACUCGAGGCAGCUCAGUUCUUCACCGAGGACACGCCACAAGGAGAGAAGGUUAAAGACGGCAGUGACGGAAGUGACGACAGUGAAGACAGGAAAGAGGAAAGGGUGAAAGACUAUAAGUAUUACCUCAGGAUGUGGGCCAAGGAGAAGGAGCCCAAGAAAGAGACAAUCAAAGAUCUGCCAAAGAUGAACCAGGAGCAGUUUAUCGAGCUGUGUAAAACACUGUACAACAUGUUCAGUGAAGAGCCUCGUGAACAGGAGCUCUACCAUGCCAUCGCCACCGUGGCCAGCCUGCUGCUGCGCAUCGGGGAGGUGGGCAAGAAGUUCAACAACAACGGCUCCAAAAAACAAGACUGCAGCGCCCCCACCCUGCUUCUCCCCAACGCCGAGUCCGAGCAAAAGGACUCGGUCCAGGAAGGCGUGUCGGGACAGUCCCCGACUUCCAAGACCCUGGCCGAGGCCCAGCUGGAUUCUCCGCCGCUUCAGACACCGGAUGAGGACAUCAGAGACGACACAUCCGUCUCCUCCUAUUCCGUGGUCAGCAGCAGCUCGCUGCAGUGUGAGGAUAUCUCCGACGACACAGUCCUGAUUGGCUGUGGGGAGCAGAGGCGGGGUAGUGUGGUGGACGGCGAUUGGGCGAUCACCUUUGAGCAGGUGUUGGCCUCUAUGCUGACGGAGCCGGCCCUGGUGGACUACUUUGAGAAGAAGGGGGACAUACAGGACAAGAUGAUGACCUGCAAGGCCCAGCGGGCAGUGGAGAGGCAGAUCAGCUCAUCCAGCGAUCACGAACUGGCCCAACACUCUAUCUGAGAGGGACCCCCGGAACCUUCCAGAAGCUGACCAUUGGCAGUCUGCUUUGGUCAGGUCUGUUAUAUUCACUUCCUGCCAGGCUUCGCUUUACACCUAGUUUACAGGGACCUCUGAACCAGUAUAAAGUGACUGUAGCCCAAUAUCAAGUGUUUGAGGUACGAAUGAAUCUUUUUUUUCUGUUGCGUCUCUGCAGAAUACAAUCAGUCACACGGGAGAAAAAGCCUUUUGAGCAGCCACUUUAUGUUUCUGUACAGAACCACACCGAUCACCCUGCCUUAAAGCCCCGCCCGCCGAAAAUGACACUAACCCCGAUGCUAGACGGGCUUCACACCAUUCUUGGUUUUGUUAGGGAGGUAGUGUCUGAUUUUAGCAAGCAAUCUAAAAUUCAAAUUAUGUUAAUGAGACUUUCUCUGAGGAGAAGUCUGCGACCCGACACAACUAUGACCAAUCUCUGCUCGCCAACGUUGACCGGUGUGGAAGGAUUUUCUGUCCGCCACACUGCGACCAAGUCACCAGACCUACAGCCUGCACAUCAUAACAGCCUUUCUCACUUAACUAACGAGUAAACGCCCCAUAGUUCCUAUAACUGGACCGGUUUGUUCAUGUUUUCUUGCUUUACGUAGUUAAACCCUGACCAGAAAGUGAAUGAAAUAUCGCUCUUUUUUAAAUUCUCUUGUCUACAAGUGUCCUGAAGUAUUCCUGGUGUUGUACUCGGAUGGUAAAAUGAGGAAUGGUUGCACUCUCUUGCCAUUUAAAUACUUUUAGAACUCUUGAAUAUGCAUUUUUAUUGUCUUCUCUACAGGUAGUAACAUGAUAAUAUGAUAACAUGAUAAAUAUGAUAAAUAUAAUAAAUAUGGUUAUGUUGUGCUGCACGUGUGGGUCAGCUGUAGGCUCGCUCCGUUUCGGGCGCCACUGCUGUUGACUCCUGCUCGCUGUCCAGAUGUUGGAAACCCAGAGAUUUUUACUGGUUAACAUCAGUUUGAGAAUUUACAGUUUAAGUGGCAUACCAAGUAUUUUAGCACUUUUAAAUGACUGCAGUAUUAUACCCGACGAGGCGUGAGCUUCUGUUUCGCAGCGUUCUGUGUAAUGUAAUAUAAUGUUAAUGUUCUGGCCAAUGUGUAUUCUUUGCUCCGCAUCUUACCGUGAUAUCUGUUGAAAAUGAGUAUUGUUUACGACUGUUGUUUGAGACCGGCGUCUACACGUUAGAGGAGUGGGAGGGCCGUUUCACAGCUUCACCUCCUGUUUUCCUCACCGCUAAUCUCUUCACUCUGUCCAUCUAAUAUUUAUUCACAAACUUGCUUUUUAAAAUGUUCUUUAUCAGCCCUGUAUUAUAUUGUGUAAUAAAUACUGAAUGAAAUCGA